UACAUAUAUAGGACCAGAGGAAAGCAAAAACGAUAUCGAUUAAUUCAACCAUUGGGGUUUAAAUCCCAAAAAGACAUGUUGGAAGACCGAUCUUGUCUAGUUUCGAGGGAAUAUCCAAUGACCUAUGAGCAACAAGGCAAUUGGGCCCGCAUGAAUUACCGAGCGGACGAAUCCAACGGUGGAGAUGAAAUCACUGUCAGGAAGAUUCCCAAAAGAUCCAUUGAACAAAUCGACACAGUCCUAUCAAUUGGCGGUAUCCUAAUGUCACUCUCGAACCAAUCCGAAAAUCAAGAAUCUUCCGAUUCGAGCUCAUUAAUCGUUCCCAUUGGCCGCGACAAUUCCAUUAGCUGCCUUAUUAAAUGCUCGAGAGCUGAUUACGGUUCACUCGCCUCAUUAAACAGUAGCUUCCGCUCACUAAUUCGAAGCGGUGAGUUAUAUAAACUUAGGAGGCAAAACGGUGUCGUUGAGCAUUGGGUGUAUUUCUCGUGCCAGCUGCUCGAAUGGGAAGCGUUCGACCCAAUCCGUCGCCAUUGGAUGCACUUGCCAAGAAUGAACCCUAACGAAUGCUUCCCAUUCGCGGAUAAGGAAUCUUUAGCUGUCGGGACCGAGCUUCUCGUUUUCGGCAGAGAUCUCAUGGCCUACGUGAUUUACCGUUAUAGCAUUUUAACCAACACGUGGACAACGGGCACAAGCAUGAACUCUCCAAGAUGCCUUUUCGGAUCCGCUAGCCUCGGCAAAAUCGCGAUUCUUGCGGGGGGUUGCGACCCCAACGGCGAGGUUCUUGAUUCGGCGGAGAUUUACGAUUCCGAGGAGGGUUCUUGGCGGACCCUACCGAAUAUGAACAAGGCAAGAAAAAUGUGUUCGGGGUUUUUCAUGGACGGGAAGUUUUACGUGAUUGGUGGGAUUGCUAGAGGGAGCGGCGCUCCUGUGCUUCUCACAUGCGGUGAAGAGUACGAUCUCGAGACGGGGGUUUGGACGGAGAUUCCGAACAUGUCGCCGGUGAGAUCCGGGGCCGGCGAUGCUCCGGCGACUUCAGAGGCACCGCCGCUCAUUGCGGUGGUGGAUAACCAACUGUACGCGGCGGACCAUGCUGACAUGGAGGUGAGGAGGUACGAUAAGGAGAGUAGAGUUUGGGUUACUGUUGGGCGGCUGCCGGAGCGGGCGGACUCUACUUACGGGUGGGGUUUGGCGUUUAGGGCGUGCGGCGAUCGGCUUAUUGUGAUCGGUGGGCCCCGCAAUUCCGGUGAAGGGUUUAUUGAGGUGAACUCGUGGGUCCCACAUGAGGGUCCGCCUCAGUGGGAUUUGCUUGGUAGGAAGAGGUCAGGCAGUUUUGUGUAUAAUUGUGCUGUGAUGGGAUGCUGAAUAUUUGAUGAUCUUUGGCUAAUGGGAUAAUUUUACUCAAGAACUUUUUUUUCGUUUUUUUUUUCGGUUUUGGGGAUGGGAGUAUAGGAAGGAAGGAUUAUCAGAUUUUACUCAAGAUUCGAUAUUGGAUGUUUUUCGUUGAUGUAGUCUUGGCUCUUGAGUAAUUCUUUUUUUAAUUUACUUGAUAUUUCUUUACUUUGAAUUCUCCCCGUCGAAAAGGAAACAAGCCAAAUAUAGAAGGGAGAAAAUAAAGUCUAAACAUGUUUACUGUGUCGACAUUGCUUUGUAAUGAUCUGAUUGUUGUUGGAAUCCGUGGUGCCGGGCUAUAAAAAUCGAUCCUUUUCUUA